AUGGAUGUUUCCAAUGCAGUUCUUGAUUUCUUUAACACAGGGAAGUUACUUCAGGAGCUGAACCAUACACUCAUUGUUCUUGUCCCUAAAGUCCCCACUCCUUCGUUUAUUACGGAUUACAGGCCGAUUUCAUGUUGUAAUGUUCUGUUCAAAUGUAUUAGUAAGAUCGUUACUGACCGUAUGAAAGGAGCACUGGAUAGUAUUGUGAGUAUAAACCAAUCGGCUUUUGUGCCAGGUAGGAAGAUUUCGGAUAACAUCCUCCUUACGCAGGAACUAAUGCAUAAUUACCAUAGGAGUUUCGGGCCACCUAGAUGUGCGUUCAAGGUUGACAUUCAGAAAGCGUAUGACACAGUUGAAUGGAGUUUUCUGAAAAAUGUGUUGGUUGGUUUUGGGUUUGCGGAAUGGAUGGUGGAUUGGAUUAUGUUAUGUGUCUCGUCUACGUCUUAUUCGGUUUGUGUUAAUGGAAAUACUCACGGGUAUUUUAAAGAAGAAAGGGGUUUAAGAAAAGGUGAUCCGAUGUCCCCGUAUUUAUUUACUCUGGUCAUGGAGAUUUUGACUUACGAUUGGUUCCUAUUCUCUAGGGGUGACGUUGCUUCAGCUAGAUGCAUUUAUGGAUUCCCUCUCAAAAUUUUCUAA